AUGUCGUCUGUAGGGGUUGAGUCUGUUGGUCUUGAAACCGGCAUCAACUCAUUGUACUUAUUGCUAUGUACGGGAUUGCUACCGUUGGUUCUUAUUGGGAUAGCUUUGUUCUACUCAGGAUUAACUCAGAGACGCUCUGCAUUUACCAUGUUGGCAGUACCGAUCUUGAUCUCCCCCAUAAUUAUUUUGGAUUGGUAUAUCUGGGGUUAUUCGCUAUGUUAUGCAACUGCAUCCAACAAGUUCAUCGGUAGUUUGAAGUUCGCAGUGUUGCGUCAACUAAAACACUCGAUGAAACAAACCUACACGAACACAAGGGGAUCAGUUUUGGUUAUGAAUCACUUUUUGUUUAACUUGGUUUUCAAGUUGAUUUGUGGGGCAUUCACUUUUCCUGGGUGUAUUGCAGAAAGAGGUCGAGUUUUGCCCAUGCUACUCUUUGCAUUCAUAUGGUCGGUGAUAAUAUAUAACCCCGUGACAUACUGGUUUUGGAAUGUGAAUGGGUGGCUUUACAAGAUGGACGUGUUGGACUUUGCUGGAGGAAACUGCAUUCACAUAGUAUGUGGGUUUACAUGUUUAGCUUAUUCUUAUAUUUUGGGUCCGAGGAAUCCGAAAGCGUUGUACAACUACCGCCAUUCAAAUACCGGAUAUCUAGUGGUUGGUACAUUUCUUCUCACGAGUGGGUGGGUUGGGUUUGUUGCAGGCUGCGAAUAUAAGUUUUCUUACAAUUCGAUUCCGAUUAUGGUGAGCACAAUACUUUCUGCGAGUUCAGCCGCUGUUGUUUGGGCAACAAUAGACUACAUAUUCUCAAAGGAGCCCUUGGUUGUUGAAAACGAUGCUUUAGGACAAGACUCUGAUCUAGCAAGUGCCACAUCGAAGGGAUCAAAUGCACAGAAGAAGAUAGUGACGAAAAGAAAGGUAUCCAUGAUUUCAGUCACUUCAGGUAUUGUAAGCGGCCUAGUUGUGGUGACACCCGGUGGGGGGUAUAUUUCCUCCAACAAUGACUUUUGGAAACCUAUUAUAUUUGGAAUUGUUGGGGCUGCGCUAAGUAAUUUGUCCACCAGGCUAAAGUAUUACUUUAACAUCGACGAUGCAUUGGAUGUCUUUGCAAUUCAUGGGGUGGCUGGUAUUGUAGGUUCAUUGCUAACGGGAAUUUUCGCAGAUAAAUUGUAUGAUUCUAAAGGUGGAUGGGCUGCAGGUCACUGGAAACAGUUUGGUAUACAGUUACUAGGUCUUGUUGUUACCAGCGCUUACGUUUUUAUUAUGACUGUGAUUUUCUUGUACAUUAUUGACUUGAUACCGGGUUGCCAUUUACGUAUUGACAAAAACUAUAAUCGAAGAGAAAGGGAGAAGAAGCAGAGCCUGAACAAGGAUGAACACAUGGAGUUAGAGCUGCAAGUUUCGGCAUCAGUCGGGGAAAAGCUACCUGAGGAUAGUAAGCAGGAUUAUUGGGAGCAAGUAGAGUUAUUGGGUUCUGAUAACUACGAAUUCAGUAGUGAAUUCAUGAUGGAUUUCAUUGAGUUCAUCAAAGUUAUACGGCCUGAGGAUUAUUCCGAUGUUAGAAAUGAAGAGAUUUUGCUACUGCAUAGUGAAAGUGUGGGCCAAUACAACUCGGGUAAUGGCUACGAGCAAGCUCCGGAAGCGGAAUUUCACCUGAGAAAAUAUCAUCAAAUGUCUAUUAACCAAUAA